AUGUCUGGCGGUGGCGAGCAGGGUUUUGAUGUCCGGUAUUGCGGGCCGCCUCCGUUUGGGCGACAAGUGUCGGCUCCAAUAUUUGACCAAUCUGUCCAUCAUCACACUACCACUUCGUUAGCUGACUCGCCGACCGUUUCUCUUUCCCCCCAGGCACCAUCACCGUCCACGUAUUCUCCACUGCCGUCGGGCUUCAUUCGACCCCAUAAUACCUCCACUUCGACGAAUCAUCUGUCGGGCGAUCAAUUGGAAGAUCGUAGAGGACGGGAGUCCCCAGACCCUGCUGACUAUUAUCGCCAGCGUGGGGCCCUGUCAGGGACUGUGUCCAAUGUAACAGAGGGGUUCGGCGAUGUAAGAACAGGCAUGGCUGCGGCCGACUAUCCUUCUAUCAGUGACAAAGUGUCACCCCUGCCAACAAAUAUGCUGGAGCCAUCGCGCACCAGACGUCAACCGUAUCGUUCGACCUCAGAUUCUCCAACGUUAGGAGGUCCCCCUACCACUCUAGCCUCAUUACCCUCGAAUCCAAGAGCACGACAGCCGUCGUUCAAAGAUCUUGUCAAUAAAUUCAACAAAACCUCGGACCAGGUCCUUCCUCUACCCACCGUUUCUCGUUCAACCUCGAGGGCAGUGAGCCCUUCUGGAAGUGUGGACGGUGAGCGGAAUCGUGCUUUGCCACGGCAUCGUGAGUAUCGCGAUUCUCUACCGGAGGCGAUCACCAGCUAUCCUCGAGCUCCGGUUGAUUCGACCCCCUCUUCGCCAGUGGCCCAUACAUUUGGCCCGCCUCUGGACACAAACGGUGCUGUUCCGCCGCCUUUAUUCCAACGAAUUUCCCAAUCGAAUCCUCGCCGACCGUUGUUCAGCGAACUGUUGUCAAUAGACACACAAGUCAACAACAGGCCCUUAUCGCGUCUGCAACGCCGCGGUUCGGAUGGAAGUAUCCCAAGUCCGAACCCAGCCUUCCUUGAGCAACAGGAUCAAUACUCGAAAUCGCCACUUACCCCAACUGCAUGGUAUCUCGGACACACAACUUCUCUGGAGGCAGUUCAUGUUGGAAUAAACAACACCGGCAGCCAUCGCAGAGUGCAAAGCGAUUUGGACAAAACCAGGAACCCCCUUGCAGAUCCGUGGGAUCCUGAAAUGGCAGUACCUGCGCCCUUGCAGCGGACUAAACCCGGCCAUGGCUCGCCCCCGGAUAGUCCAAAUUCCAAGUCGCGCAUUCCUGUCUUCUCACACCGUCUUAUCACUGCUUCCGGUCCCGAAAGCUUAUCCCCGUCCUCCCAUCCCACGUUCAGCAGCCGAUCUGCUGCCAUCGCUUCGCCACCUAGGGGCAGUAGUCGCCUUCCUAUUCCGUCGCCCAGACAAAGUCCUCCCCGCAUGCUAGCGGAUGAUGCGGCCUCGUUUGCGACAAACUCGCGUGGUAGACGGGAUCAAACAACUGGGCGAUCCCGCAAUCAAUUAUCUGAAUCCAGUCGCCGACUCCAGGCCUAUAUCGCUGAACCGCCGCCCCAAAAAUCCCAUACAUUACGCAGUUCACGACCCCGACCAGCGGUUUCACAUGGUGCGGCAGUCUCCCCACGCUCCAAAGUUGGAGAUAGAAUUUUGAAUUUACAGAAGCACCCCGAAUAUAGCGAUUCGCGAUCUCGCCCUCAGCGCAAAUUGCCUGAAUUGGGCAAUGUUGAUUUUGAUGCUCGUCGUAGACACAUCCAACAACAAAUCAACCGACACGCGGCCAAACCAAUUGUUCAAAACCCCAAGAAUGAUAAAAAGCCGGACGAAUCAUCCGAUGCCCAGUUUGGACGUUCUGAUUUGGAGCAAGACCAGAAGACGCACGAAGAUUCCAAGCAAUCAGCAGAUGAACCUACAGUCACGCCAAAUCCGGCUGUGACCAACACGACGUUAUCCGAUGAGAUGGCUACCAUGGUCAAAGAGCCUACCGGGCCCGUUGAGUGCAAGGAAAACGGUGUCCAUGCUGUUCCGAGGCUGCAUCUCAACACUGCCCUCUUGACGUCGGAUAUGGCAGCACCACACACAACAAUGGACUCCCCCACCCUUGGUCUUCCACAGGAAGUGAUUUCAAGGACUGCGGACGAAGCACAGCCUAGCAAUGACGGCCGGCCACAGUCAAGCGCCACAACAAAUUCCGAUGACACCCAUGUCACCACCUUUGAUCCAGAGCCGCAGCCUGGGCUGCUCCAGCGCAAUCCCGGUAUCUCUCAUCGGACUCUUUUGAGUCAAAUCAUGCAAAUUCGAGAGUCUAGUCCGAGCGAUGACUCAUGUGAUGAACCUGAUUGCAGUCUUUCGGAAAAUGAUGGGAGAGAGUCCAUUCGGAUUAUGCUUGGGGGUACGAACUACUACACUUCGUCUGAUAGAACUAAUAUUAAAGAGCGUCGUCACACAUCAGUGCAUCAGGCUCCAAACAGUGCUAACCCUCACAACCGUUGGAGCAUUGGAUCAUGGUCCUCUGUACAAAAUCAACAUUCUACCUGUGAUGAGCAAUGUGAUGAGAGCGGGGAUGACAUUGUUCUUCAAGACCAUGAAAUGGGACCCCCGACUGAAAGUUGUUCGGCGGUUUCAACAAGACCAGCUUCAAUGGCGGAUGAUGAAUCCUCCGCUCCGAUUCAGGAUCAUGGUGUAAUGGGACCGAACACACUUCAGGCAUCUGACCAUUACCGGAUAGAUGCCUUCUCUACUCCUCCAAGCUUGGCGAGGAUGGGUAGAUGGGAUUCGAAACGUGUCACCCAGCUCUACCUGGAGGAGUUGACGCGAGGCAGGAACUACAGCCUUGUCUCAGAGCACCAGGCCCUCCGUGAGCCUCGGUCUCAUCCAUCUGAUGUGCAUCCAGAUGCGCAACCUGAUACUCUGACGGACGAUCCAGUGCUCGUCCCGGGGUACCAGGACUUCAGCAUCUCAGAUCGACACUCUCACACGGCUAGUUUGAUAGGGCGCGAUGAUUGGGAACAUGCAUCGCCCUCUAUCAUGGACUGGAUGCAGAUUGCUGCUGAAGAUGAUGCCAUUACUCCGAACACCGAAACCGAUGGCAUGCGCACUGAAGGAGUGCUUACACCUCGUCUAGCUUCGACAAAUAGAGACGCCGGCGUUGCCAGUACAAACAAUGGCCUCGGGGUAUCUGUCGAUCUCCAAACCAACAGCCAGCUAUUUGAUCCCUUUUCACAUUAUUCAUUCUCAUCAACUCUCUUUCAGCCUUCAACAACGGACUCAACCAUUGUCGAGAUUUCCGUCGAAGGUCCACUCAAGCGACUGGGCCAAGCUGAAUCAAACCCCGCCAUGCAGUCUGGUUCUCGAGUUGCGAGACACAGUGCGGAUAGCAGCGAGGACUCUUCGUUCCUACAUCUGGAACCUGGUCAAUCUCCCGAAGCCGCUGGAUCUUCAGCCACAUCACUUGUCCCGUCCACGGAGCAAACCAUGCCUGCUGAGCCGAACAAGUCACCUUCUCCGGAGCAAAGACGCCUCAAGAAGCGGCGGCACAUCAUCAAAGAAUUAGUUGAUACUGAACAUACUUUCGGUCAUGAUAUGAUGGUUAUUGAGGAUAUCUACAAAAGCACCUCGCAUGCGUUGUUGGAUCCUGAUGAUGUCAAAGUCCUUUUUGCCAAUUCGGAUCAAGUCGCGAACUUCUCCGACACCUUCUUGUAUCAUCUCAAGCAAGCAGCCAAAAGCAUUUAUGUUAUUCCAAUGUCUCAACGGUGGACUAGCAAACGCAGCCGCAACAACCAACCUGCCGAAUCCACGGCUUUGGGGACCGAUGAAGUGUCCGAGCGUGAGGGAUUGUCGGAGCUUGAAAAAGAUCGUGCUACUUCUGUUGGCCGGGUGUUUGUCACAUAUAUGACACAGAUGGAAAAGGUGUACACUGAUUAUUUGAAAAACCACGAUGCUGCAAACAAGAAGCUCCAGGCCCUGCAGCGCAUUCCGAAUGUAGGCAUUUGGCUGAGCGAAUGUCGGAAAUGUGCUCACGAUCUCACAACUGCCUGGGAUUUGGACUCCUUGCUCGUUAAACCGGUGCAGAGAAUCUUGAAGUAUCCUCUCAUUCUCCGCGACCUGUUGGAGUCCACACCAAACGAUCACCCGGACAGAGAGUCGAUUGCUAGUGCACUCGAGGAAGUCACCAAUGUUUCCCAUCGUAUCAACGAGUUAAAGAAACGGGCAGACCUUGUUGGUCAAGCUGUUGGUCGAAAGCGCAACCAGUCGGAUGUGCGUGCCGGUCUAUCUAAAGCCUUUGGUCGUCGCACGGAGAAGUUCAGACAGCAGGUUGGACUCUCUGACCUGUUCGAAGACAAAACCUAUGAUUCUCUGGCGCAGAAACUUGGGGAUGGCUACUUCCAGUUGCAAGUAGUUAUGCGUGAUGCUGAGAGUUACUCCCGGGAUGUUCAACUCUACGUGAACCAGUUCAACGAGUAUGCUGAUUCGAUUGAAGAAAUCAUCGGCAUGUCCCCCUCCCCCUAUCCACAGUUGGAAAGCAAGUGGCAUCGGUUCAAGAUGACAGUUCAAGAACUUGUGACGACUGCUCUUCCGGAACAUCUUGCUGUCGUCCGCAAAACAGUCAUCGAUCCAAUGGUUGAGCUACUCGGUCUUUAUAACUCACCCCAGCGAGUCAUGCGCAAGCGUGACAAGCGACUCCCGGAAUAUGCACGCUAUAAAGCUAUUAAGGACCGUGGCGAUAAACCCGAUAAAAAGACCACUGAACAGGGCGAGCAGUUCUUGGCUUUGAACGAUACUUUGAAGGAUGAAUUGCCUAAACUCUAUGCGUUGACCUCUAAACUGAUGGAAGCGUGUCUGAAGAACUUCAUCGAAAUCCAAACUGUGUGGUACAGUAUUUUGCAGAAAAAGAUUGGGGUCCAUGUGGAAAUGUUCCCCAGCGACCUCGAAAGGCUCAUCGACGAGUUCAGUAGUGACCACAUCUUGAUGGAGGCACGAAUGGGGGAGCUGAGCUCUUGCAACGGGGCUCUAAUGGCCCAGUCGCUGAAUCUGGUCCCUCUUUCGCCCAGUGAGCGUGAUCACAAUCCCAUGUCGCCUCGCCGACCCUCCACGGUCAGCAGUUCACAUGCUCGACCUGGAUCCAUGACCGAGGAUUCACCGAAUGUUUCUCGUGAUUUCAGUGUUGGCAGCCAGUCAUUCCAAUCCCCCCAGAUGGAAUGUCACUCCAGCCGCAGCAGCCGUUACCGCGCUGAUUCUGUUCUAUCGGGCCGGAACGUGUCCGACAAUUCCAAUCACUUGCUUCAACAAGUCACCAACUCCCCUGCGCAUCCAAGAACAAGUGAUAUCGAGCCUUUCCCAAGCCUGCCGAGGCUCAGCCUGGAUACGCCCUUCCUCACAGACAUUAUCACCAGCUCCUCUCACUCGAGCAAUCCGCCAGGCUCCCCUGCUGACCGAUACUCCGGGUUUUUCUCGUCUGCCAUGCCCAUGUCGGAUACCCCAGGUGAUGCUGCUGUACCCGCGCCUGCUGAACGCAACGUCCCUCCCACGGGUCCUGCAACCUUGUUUUGUGCCGCCAGCGUUUGCGACUUCAACAUUGAGACUCGCACCGAGGGCGGGUAUCCCUACCUCACCUACGGGAGCGGCGAUGUCUUUGAUAUUGUCGGCGAGAAGGGCGAGCUCUGGCUUGCUCGCAAUCAGGACGAUGCCACAGGAACAGUGGGAUGGAUCUGGAACCGGCAUGUUGUCCGGCUUGCCAGUUGA